GCGCAUAAUGCUUGCGAGCCUUACUUCAACUAAACUCCUUUAUGUUCGAUGUCUGCCGUAUUUAAUGUCGCCCAUCGUACUCUACGUUUUUAAGUGAAUAUUUCUUAUAAACAAGGAUAAAUAUUGAACAGGCUUAAGCAAAAUGAAGUUCAACAUUGCUUAUCCCCCAACGGGAUGCCAAAAAGUUUUUGAAAUUAUGGAUGACCAUAAAAUCCGUACCUUUUUCGAUAAGCGUAUGGGAUCUGAAGUCGCAGCUGAUCAGUUGGGAGAUGACUGGAAGGGUUAUGUCUUCAAAAUUACUGGAGGAAACGACAAGCAAGGUUUUCCCAUGAAGCAAGGUGUGCUCACCAAUGGCAGAGUACGUUUGUUGCUGUCAAAGGGUCACUCUUGCUAUCGCCCAAGACGUGAUGGUGAACGUAGGAGGAAAUCUGUAAGAGGUUGCAUUGUAGAUGCUAAUUUGAGUGUAUUGUCCUUGGUUAUUGUUCGCAAAGGCGAGAAAGAAAUCCCUGGAUUGACCGAUACUACUGUUCCUCGUCGUUUGGGACCUAAAAGGGCUAACAAAAUCCGUAAGUUGUUCAACUUAUCUAAACAAGAUGAUGUACGCCAAUACGUCGUGAAACGCCCUCUUCCCGAGAAGGAAGGUAAGAAACUUCGCUUCAGGGCACCCAAGAUUCAGCGCCUCAUUACUCCCACCGUCUUACAACGUAAGAGACAUCGUCUUGCUCUCAAAAAGAAGCGUUGUUUGGAUCGUAAAGAAGCAGUAAACAACUACAAAAAACUGCUUGCUCAAAGACAGAAAGAAUAUAAAAAGGCAAAGGAGAUCAAACGUAAGAGAUCAGCAAGUCUGCGAGAAAGUAGGAGCAGUGUAAACAGUUCUUAAUUUAGCUAAAAAUUUAUAUUUUUCAAUUAUGAAUAAUAAAAAUCAUUCUUGAA